AUGGAGGAAUCAACAGCAGGAACCUGCAGAAUGAGUGGGAAGCGUCGCCCGUUGCAUGCAUGUGGAGUUUCUUUCAUGGAAAUCACUCGAAAAGCUUACAGAGAAGCCAAAGAAAUUAAUGGACCGUUAGGUUUAGUGACAAAGAAGUUGAUCAGGUUAGCUUCGUUUGCUUCCCUUCUUGAAUGUGUCCUGCGGUAUGAGUGUUUCUUCCUGGCAAUCCUCUCUUUUGUGGACGAUCAUAUAAUAUUAGCCCUUGAAAGAAAGGCUGAGGGUAUUUUCCCACCAUCAAGAUAUGUGUUCAACAAGGUUGACAAGCUCGUCCAAAUUGUAGAAACCCUUCCAGCAAAAUUUGAUACUGCUGUUAACAAGUUUCCCAUAUUAAUCCACCAAAUUCCAUUUCUAGAUUGGGCACUGUCAUGUGCUAUCUGUUGGCUGAACUUUUGGUUAUCUAUCCUGACUCAUUGGGGAUCAGAAACUACAAAAGAAAAGGAGAUCGUGGUCGAUAUAAACUGUAACAACAACAGUAUUGAACAGACAAUUGUUCAAGAAGAAGAUAGUAACGCAAUAGAGUUCCAAAAUCACGAUGGAAAUGAAACAAAGGUAUGUUUCUGUCCCAUAUCUGCAACAUCAGGAUCGGAAUCUCAGACAGGUAGUCCGAAAGUUGUGAGAUGCACAUACAAGGAUGCACUGGAAAAAGUUGUGAAAUCCACAAAUAAGGAUGCACUAGAGAAGGGGACAGGAGAAAGCAUACAGAACUCAGACGAGAGCACAAAGCAGAUGAUCCAAUCCACUAUUAGCAGUGAAGAAACUAGUAGUACAAAGCAGAUGAUCCAAUCCACUGUUAGCGGUGAAGAAACUAGCACUAAAGGUGAGACAAAUGAGAGCAUGAAACAGAAAGAAUGUAUUGCUGAGGAGGAGACAGAAGAAGCGAGGGCUAGCAAGGAAGCAGCUGGAGAAGGAGGGGAUAAUACUGCGGUCAUUGAAGGUAAUCUAAUCAGUUUGCUGGCAAAUAAAAAGCUGACAAGCAUCAGCAAGGAAGAUCCAAUUUUAGCACUAUUCGAAUCUGCUUGGUGGGGAAUUUCAAUCUCUUGGUCUGAGGACAUUGCUGAAGAGUCAGCAUUAAAGCGGCUUCAACUAGAAGCUAUAUUCACUCAUUUUUGCAGUAUAAAAACCGAUGCCAAGAAAUCUCCAUUCAUCCCAAGUCACCGACUUGCAGUAAUUUCUUUGAUAUCAAACAUGUACUCUCUACCAAGCAUGCCUUCAACAACAUCAGUUUUAUCAACAUACACUGCUUUUGCUGCGUCUGCAAUGCUUGUCCGGUCUGUGUUCAAUGAAGUUCAGGCCGUGAUUAACCAAUUAAUCCCCCAAAAACUGCAAGAAAGAAUAUCAUCAAGUCUCGGACGCCUUUUUGGAGAUGACUCUUCUCGUUUGACUCUCAUCGUCAAUGAAUACAAUGGUUUCUCCAUCAAUGAAAUGUACGAGGCUUCUGAGGUCUACUUGAGCACAAGAGUCACUCGCUCUAUCGGACAGCUUAAGGUUUUCAAGGAUCCAGGGAACAAAGGCCUUUCUGUCACGAUCAACAAAGGCCAACAGAUUAACGACACAUUCGAAGGAGUUGAGCUAGCUUGGGAAUUCGCGUCUACUGAAACCCAACAAACGGUUGUAGAUGUUGAAACCUGGUCCCAAUCAGCAGAAAAAACGGAGCAUAAAACAAUACUGCUGAGCUUCCACAAGAAUCACAACGAAAAGGUUUUGAACACUUUCCUCCCCUAUGUACUCGAAAGAUCCAAAGCCAUUAAGAAUGAGAACAGGUUGCUCAAGCUGCAAGCACUUGGAAAUUACCAAGGUGUCAGCCUUCGCCAUCCGUCCACUUUCGACACAUUAGCAAUGGACCCGGUACUCAAGAAGGAGAUAAUGGAUGACCUUGACAGAUUUGUGAAGCGAAAGGAUUUUUACCUAAGAGUAGGAAAACCAUGGAAACGUGGAUACUUGUUGUAUGGUCCUCCUGGCACUGGCAAGUCCAGCUUGAUAGCAGCCAUGGCUAACUACCUCAAGUUUGAUAUCUACGACCUGGAACUUGCAAGUUUGCGUGGCAAUUCAGAUCUGAGGUCAUUGCUAACUAGUACAACAAAUCGAUCGAUAAUUGUUAUUGAGGACAUUGAUUGUAGUAUUGAGUUCCAGGACCGACAACAUGGAGCGUACAUCCAGGGUGAGAGCCAGCAAUUAACUUUGUCUGGACUGCUUAACUUCGUCGAUGGUUUAUGGUCAAGCUGUGGAGAUGAGAGGAUAAUUGUGUUCACAACCAACUACAAAGACAAACUAGAUCCUGCACUGCUGAGACCAGGCCGUAUGGACAUGCACAUCCACAUGUCCUACUGCACUCCUUGUGGAUUCAAGAUUCUUGCUUCUAACUACCUCAACGUUAAGAACCACAGCCUUUUCAGUCAGAUUGAGGAGUUGAUAAUGGAAGUGGAAGUGACUCCAGCAGAAGUUGCAGAGGAGCUCAUGAAGAAUGAAGAUGUUGAUACUGCGCUUACAGGGAUCAUUGGAUUUCUAGAAAGUAAAAAAGGAAUGAAAAGAAAACAAUCUGGUGUCGAAGAACAAAAGGUAGGGGAUGAAAAUCAGGAAGAAAAUGACAAGAAAAAUGAAAGCCAGGAAAUGGAGGAGAAGUGUGAGAAGAGGAAAGUCAAGAGAAAUAAGAGGAAGAUGGCUAGAAGAGCGAAAGGGAGAAAGCAAUAGAGGAUAACUUAAAGGUGUUCUAUCUUGAUUCUAUGAAGUAAAAUAAAUCCUAUUGCGUCUCUUGUUCUUGAAUAGCUUACUGUAUGAAGUGCAUAUUCUCAAAUAUAUUAAUAAAAAGUAUGAAACAAUUUUCCCUCCA